AUGGCGUCUGAGCACCAAACAUGCUUUCCUGCGGACUAUGCCAGGCUGACCACCCUGUACGUCAGUGCCGCCAACUGGAAGACCAACCAACAUAGGCGGGCAAGGCUUACCAACUUCGUCAGCAAGAAUAUCCGUGAGGAAUUUCUAGAGUAUUCUCCCAGGAGCUAUAGGUGGGCUGAGCUUGAGAGGUGGCUUACCCAUUGCCUGGGCUACGAUUCUCGGAAGCACGAUAUCAUGUUCGCGCCUUUUGGGCUGGAAGAUGAUAACGCAAAGCAGCUGAGCAGCGCGUAUGAAUGGGAAGAUCUCCUCUCCGACAUAACCAAGCACUGCGUCGUAGUGGCUUGGUACACGGAAGUCUUUCUGUUGAUCAUGCCUCGGGACGAUCCUUAUGAAUUCCGCCGGCCUGUAGACACUGAAGCACCCGAAUUCCGGAAUCCCUGGCCCGGAAUCAAUAUUACUCGAACAGAGGAGAAGACAAGCGACGGGAGCGUGAGCCCAAGGACCAUUACUCCUAGCCAGACCAUCAAGGAGGACCAUAGUGGCUCGCACGACAAUCAGAAAUCAGGAGACUCCGACCCUGCCAAAACUCCAUCCCUUGCAGCAAGCGCGGAGUUGUCAGAUAAAGGGGGAGCUGGCUCUGAGAAACCCAGCCUAACACAAACGGCUGAAUCACCCUCCUUCGAAAUUGAGGGGAUCAAGCUCCAGGGGGCGCCCCGCGACACGAGGCGCGCCUUCGACUUCCAGAACCCCUGGGUCGAGACUCGCCUCGCCCCCUACCCAGCUGGGGGCCGACGACCCGGGGCCGUGGCCGCCUCGCCCCCGACUCCCGGCCCACCGAUCAUGGCUGACAUUGUCGACAUCGCGGCGGAUGACUACGCGAUUGCCGACGAGGAAGACGACGACUACGGUGCUUUCGACCUAAGCGUAAUUGACACCUACGUGGGGAGCUACAACACAGGCGAGAGGAAUCCCUCGGACUGGCACACCUGCCUCCGGUUCUUCAACAUCGACAUAGCGGAUUAUCAAAGGCGAGAAUCUCUGCCUACGCGGAACGGACCCGAACGCAAGCGGGUUCCCAUCAAGAAGCUGCCAGGGAUGGCGGUCGGCUUGGAACUUGCUGACCGUUUGCCAAACGGGCCAAACAUCAUAGUUGCUCCUGCGAGAAGCUGUGCGGCCAUGAUGCGGGACGCAAAGACGAAACUUGACCUCAAGCACUUCAAGAUGCGAGCGGCAUAUGAGGGCGCCAACAAGGAUGAUCAGCUCUCAAUUGUCGACAUUGGUCUACUCCGUGCCAAAGCCCCGGCCAAGAAAGCUGGCGUCGAUGAGCCUAAGGGCUAUCCGUAUGAACAAAUCCUCGGCCUGGACCAGUACAUCAUAACCGUGUCGCCGGAGUCGAUCCCGAAGCUGAGCAACGGGCCCGGUGCCGGCGCCCAUAUGCCUGGCGUGGUUCUGAUGGACGAGUUCCACGAGUACGCCAGCUCCAAGGACGGCCGGACAUCCGUGUGGCUCCAUGGCCUGAAGAGAUCCGCCUUGGAUUCGCAGUCCCCGACUCCGCUGAUGUACUUUGUAUCUGGCACUCCGUUUGGCGAGACGCCUGCCGACAUCCGUCCAGCCAUUGCUCUCUUUGAGAAGGAGGCUUGGAGCGACGAGGCCCAUCCUCUGCACGACGUCACUCUCGGGAGGUUUGACGACCUCACCAAUACCUUCGACAGGCUCGCAUCAUUGCAGGCCAACGGAGAGGCGAUUCCGUUUGAGGAUAUUCUCGAGUAUCGUCGCCGCCUAGACCGAAUAUUCAAACACACCAUGGUGCGUCGGCUGGGAACAGGCAAGUUCCAGAACAGGAACUUGACCAGCAUCGGCCCGCUCAAGACCACAUCGGCGAGCUUGCCAUCCAGGCGGCCGCGGCCGCGGGCCAAGGAGUCGGACAUUUUAUUCGCAGCAAUGCCGGCCAAGACCUGCUACUCAAGCUGCGGCUUGCGUCCACCUUUCCCGGGUAUCGCCAGCUCUCCCGCCUCGGCCGACUUCACAUUCACCGUCCCCGAGAUCCUCUCUGUCCUGUCAGGGGCCGAGGGCAAAAUUGCGCAGACGCCCUAUUACCGGCACAUCCCUACCUGGGCAGCCAACAGCCCCAAGCUGGAAACCAUCAACAAGACGGUUACGACGAUGCUGGACGACAAGUCGCGCAUUGAGGGCGAGUCAGCACACGCCAAGAAAUACUGCAUCUUCUGCCCUCUCGAGGCUGAGGCGCUGCUGCUGUACGGCUACCUUUUGUUGCGGAAGGCCAAAGAGAAGCGACUCAAGCCAGUCUGGAUCCAUAGCGGCAUGACGCAGGCCGAGCGGCAGCAGACGAUCGACAGUUUCCUGGAGCCUGGCAACGCGCCCCCUAACGUGCUCGUCGCGCCCAUGGACCUCGCCGGCACCGGGCUGAACCUGCAAAAGGCCAAAUACUCGACCGUGACCAGCCCCGCAUGGAUGAAGCGCGACAACCAGCAGGCUUACUACCGCAUCCACCGCGUUGGGCAGAAGCAGAACACCACACAGCAGCUGCUGACGUGCCGGUGGAAUCCCGCUGAGCGCGUCAUUCUGGCCAAAUAUGAGGGGCGGGUGGUCGAAGGGGAUGAUGUCUGGGAGGUGAGCAAUCGCUUCUGCGGACUGGCCAAGGGAGGGCUGGUGGAUAGACACCAGGAGGCUGAUGGUGAUACCCAGUGA